AUGAGAAACUGCAGAACCAGCAAGAUCGACGGCCUUGUCGACAUUUACCGCAAUCCUCAGGAUGGAUUUGACCCUGAACCUACAACCAUUCCUUUUGAGUUUCGCAAGAAUUGUCGUGAGUGGAAUGAAUGGCCUGCCAUCGUAAGCAAGGAGGAUGUUACCUAUUCUUACAUGGAUUACUACAACAACUCCAUGAAGUUUGCCAAGUCGUUGCUGAAGCUCGGCUUAAAUAAGAAGGACGUUUGCGGCAUAAUCGGCUUCAACUCUCCCGAGUACUAUUUUUCCCUCCAAGGCACCUGGAUGGCUGACUGCGUUACUGCUGGAAUCUAUACGACGAACUCUCCCGAGGCCUGCGAAUAUGUACUGAAACAUUCGGAGGCCAAGGUGUGUGUGUGCCAGAGCGGCAAAUCAGCGAUGAAAAUCUGCCAGAUCCGCGACAACCUUCCGCUCCUGAAGGCGAUCGUGGUGUAUUGGCCGGAAGACGACAUGCCCUCGCUUGAGGACAAAGAAGGCUUUGCAAAACUCUAUACAUGGGACGAUUUUUUGAAGAUCGGCAGCGAUCUUCCUGAUUCCGAUGUCGAUGCUCGGAUCGACGCUUGCCAGCCCGGCAGCUGCGCCACCCUCAUCUACACCUCCGGCACGACUGGCGAGCCGAAAGGUGUAAUGUGUUCGCAUGAUGGCUGCAUGUGUCAAGCGGCGAACAUCCGCUACUACCUGCAGCUGAACGACGAGGACCGCUUCGUGUCCUUCCUCCCGAUGAACCACAUCGCUGCGCAGUACGCGGACACGAUGGUUCCCGUACGCAAUCGCAUCACGAUGUACAUGGCGCGUCCCGACGCACUUCGCGGAUCGUUAGUCCAGACGCUCCAGAAGGCCAGACCGACCUUCUUCGUGGCGGUUCCGCGCGUGUUCGAGAAGUUCAUGGAGGCGAUCCGCGCGAAGAACGCGCAGGCCUCGUACGUGAAGCAGCUGCUGAUCGCGUGGUUCGAGUCCAUCGGGUACUACGCGUGCCGGACGCGGCAGUACGGCCAGACGUUCACGCCGCCGUACUUCUACUGGCUGGCGAAGCGUCUGGCGUUCGACAAGGUGAAGGAGACGCUGGGGCUGGAUAAAACGCGGCUAGUGAUCGUGUCGGCGGCGCCGGUGACGGAGGAGACGCUGAACUUCUUCGCGUCGUACGACUUCCCGCUGUACGACCUGCUGGGGCAGUCGGAGGGCACGGCGCCGAUCUGCACGAACACCUUCGUGGACCAGCAGUGGAAGCUGGGGACCGUGGGACGCGCGCUGCGCGGCGUGGAGGUCAAGACGGACCCCGACUCGGACGAGUUCUGCUACCGCGGGCGGAACUGCAUGAUGGGGUAUCUGAAGAUGGAGCGGGAGACGAACGCGGCGAUCGACGAGGACGGCUGGCUGCACUCCGGCGACCAGGCGAAGAUCGACGCGGACGGGUUCGUGCGCGUGACCGGGCGGCUGAAGGAGCUGAUCGUGACGGCGGGGGGCGAGAACGUGUCGCCGGUGCCGAUCGAGAACAAGGUGAUCGAGCUGUGUCCGCUGAUCUCGAACUGCGUGGUCGUGGGCGAUCAGAGGAAGUUCCUCUCCGCGCUGAUUGCUCUCAAAACCGAGGUCGACCCCGCUACGGGCGAGCCGUCGAGCCGAAUCGCGGCGUCGAUGGUGGAGAGCUUGAGGAGUCGCGGGAGCAAGGCGACGACGGUGCAGGAAGCGAUGCAAUGCCCGGUGGUGAAGCAGUGGAUCCAGGACGCGGUGGAUGGGUACAACAAGGUCGCGAUUAGCAGAGCGCAGGAGAUUCGCAAGUGGACGAUGCUGGAGCAGGAUCUGUCGCUUGGAAGAGGAGAGCUGACCGCGACGCUGAAGAUGAAGCGGAAUGUGGUUCAUCAGCAUUAUGAGAAGGAGAUUCAGGCGAUGUAUGAUGAGUGGAGUGUUUGUGGAAAACAAGAGAGCAAACACAAGGACUAUCGACUGGAAUAG